AUGACAUCACCAGACCUGCCCCACUUCCUCUCCCCAUCUCCUUCUGUUCUUGCAGGAGACGAACCUUCCUCAGGGCCUGGCAGUUCAAGGCUUCUGCUUAGCACCACUUCCCCAGAAAUUCUACAGAAGGCCUCGCAAGUCUCCUUGGUAUCCAGUCAGCCUGUAACGCCCAGGCCAAGCACCACGGAUAGUCACACCCUUUCCUUGCCUGGCCUGACAUCACUACAGCCACAGAAGCACACACUGGGACUUGGUGCAGGCACAGAAACCCCAGAAGGCAGCGGCGGCGGCGGCGGCGGCAACAGCAGCAGCACUGUCAACAGCACAAGAAGAGAAAUGUCUCUGAAUGCUACUCCCAGUUCAGUAACCACAAGCCAGCAGACAAGGGAAGAUGUGAGCAUCCAGCCCAGCCCCACACCACAGCCAAUGAUAACUGUGAUGGCCUUUGGUGUUAUCAGCUUCAUUGUCAUCCUGGUGGUUGUGGGGAUAACCUUAGCCAGUGUGGUCAGUCUAAGGUUUAUGUGUCGGAAGAACAAGGAGUCUGAAGAUCCACAGAAACCAGGCAGUUCGGGGCUUUCGGAAAGCUGUUCCACAGCCAAUGGAGAGAAAGACAGCAUCACCCUCAUCUCCAUGAAGAAUAUCAACAUGAAUAACAGCAAAGGCUGCAGUGCAGCGGAAAAGAUUCUCUGAAAGUGACCUGGAGUUCCUAUGGGUCACAAUGUGAUGCAGCUGCCCAGUGACCACGAGGAAGAAGAGUUGAGAUGAGAUUGCUGGAGGCACGAGUCGGCAUAUAAGUUAUUUUGUUUCCUGUCUGCCCCAGCUCUAAAGGACAUUGCAUUCCUCUAGGAGAGGAAACAGCCGCACCAUGUGAGAGACUCCAUCCCAGUGCAAGCCAUUCUAGCAUUUGGCCUGCUCUUCCUCCUCCUCAGAGACUAAGGAACGAGGAGUCAAUAGAGCAAGAGUCAAGGAAGGAAUGAGGUAGACUGAUCGAUUCUGCUCACAUUAAAGUUGUUUUUCU